AUGUCGUCCAAUUACCAGGAUAAUUCUAAUUCUUAUAACAAUGGCUACCAGAAUAAUCGUUACGAUGCAUUAAAUACUACUGCUCAAAUCGUUGGUGACUCACUUACCAUGCUGAAUGAUUAUCAUGAUGACACUUAUCAAAUGCAUAGGAGUAACAGAACAGAUUAUCAACAAACUCGUGUUCCUCCUCCUUCCAAUGCAAAUUUGGUACCUCUUAAUUCGCCUGCUCGAUCAAUUCGUCGUACACAUUCUGAUUUUGAUGAAAUCGAGGAUGAAUUUCGAACUGUAAAUAGUAAAAAAUCAAAAAAUAUUGACCCCAAUCGUUCAAUUCUUCCUGUACAGAGACAAUUGACUCGUUCUCCAUCUCCAUCACUUAUGUCUUUAUCGUCUCAAGUAAAUAAUGGAGUGUCAGUAACCUCAUCGUCAACAGUCAAAUCGCCUUCAAAUCAACGUACAACAGCUAACGGAACAACUGUAAAUUCUAUUUAUAAUAAUCAACAAUCUACUGUUUCAUUUGAAGCUACUCGUUACGCCCAAUCACGUUACCCAUUUCACCCUUUUGUCGUACGUUUCUCAUCUUCUAAGAACACGGAACAAGAGGUUGCUAAAGAUUUAUGUGUACACUUGAAACAAAAUCGUGGAUUAGAUAUUGAAUUAGUGGGAUUUCGUCGUUCUAUUCGUAAAUGUGGUCCAAACGAAGUUGAUAUUUUACUAUUCGUAAAGGAUAGUCAUUCCUUUGCACAUUUAUACAAUGAUCUCAAUUGGCCGCAAACUCGCCACGGUCAAGUUUUUACUCAUCCGUCAUCGCCAUCGAUCCCCCCCGCAAUUGUCUCUUAUUG